AUGAAGCCGCAGACGCAGCUCCUCCUCCUCCUGGCCUACAUCGCCGCGGCGCUGGUCAUGAGCCGCGGCGUCCUCGCCGGCGCCGGCACCCAUGCGGCGAUGCCGGUGCGCACCGUCGAGGACGACGAGGCGGGCUUCACGGAGCGUGAGGAGGAGGCGGCGUACCCACAGAGGAGGGUGCUUGCUUACAGCCCCCAGUACAUCGGCUACGGAGGGCUGGAGGCGAACAAGGCGGCGUGCUACGGCUCCUGCCCCGGCCGGGGGCAGCCCUACACCGGCCGCGGCUGCAAAGCCAUCUUCGGCUGCCGCGGGCGUUGAUUAUCUCAUCUCAUCUGGAAGAUACUGCCAUUCCUGUUUGCAUCAUGGCAGAAAGAAAAGGCCCUUCUUCCACUGACCCAGAAAGCUGUGAAGAGAUAAAAAAAAUGUGGUUACUGUGUAAGCUCACGUAGUUUUACACGCAUGUAUUUGUGUUCUUGUAUGUAAUCCUUGGUUCCUUGUGUGUACAAUAAUGUGUGUUUGGAUGAAUUCAAGCAUGCAUACGAUUCAGAAAAAUGGUUUGCGUUGUCA